UAUAAUUGGUACUAAUGGGUUAAACAGGUUUGUAUGACUGGUUUAAACUGGUUAUUAACUACAAUAUAACUUAUAAUAGGAGGAUCAGUAUAUAAAGACCAGCAGUGUUGUCUGACAGAAUAUCAAUCUCUUAUAUAUUUCUCUGUCAGCUCUCUCUUAGUCUCUUUCUCUUCCAAUGAGGUCACUAGUUGUGUGUUCAGUGUUGCUCUCAAUACUGACACUAGCUGCAUCAAGGAAUAACAACAACACUGGACUCUCCACCAACAAACAAACCUAUGUUGAAGUACUGCAUGGUAGAGAUGGUCGUGAUGGAGUACCAGGAAGAGAUGGAGUGAAAGGAGAGAGAGGAGAUAAGGGAGAGAAAGGAGAGAAAGGUGAAACUGGACCAGUAGGACAAGCAGGUCCUAAAAGUGGAGGAGUAGUGUACACUCGUUGGGGAAGGAAGUCCUGUCCUACUGGAGCUGAACUACUGUAUGAGGGAAUAACUGGAGGUAAUCAUAAUAGCCAAACAGGAGGAGGAGCUAACUAUGUCUGUUUACCAAAGGUCCCUCAAUAUUUGAGUACAACUGUACCUUCUAGUGGUCAAUCUUACAUGUAUGGUACUGAAUAUGAAGUUGAUAAUAGACUAUUUCCAGGAAACCAUGAUCACAAUGCUCCUUGUGCAGUAUGUUAUACAUCUACUAAGAGUGUUAAACUGAUGAUUCCUGCUAGAACCAGCUGUCCUUCAUCAUGGACUAUAGAAUAUAAAGGAUAUCUGAUGACUCAAGUUGAUGGUAGCAAAAAUAGCAAAGUCUAUGAGUGUGUUGACGAAAAUCCUGAAUCUAUUGAUGGCAGUAAGGCUGAUACUGAUGGUGCUCUGUUCUACUUCACAGCAUCAACUUGUAAUGGUCUACCUUGUCCACCUUAUGUUAAUGAUAGAGCUAUUACUUGUGUUGUGUGUACUAAGUAACAAUUUGAAACAGUGUGUGACAAUAAAUUUCAUACCUAUGAAUAUUUCCCUUUUAAUUUUAUUUUUAAAAUGAGUGAAAAUAUCACAUACAAUUGGUAAAAUAA